UGCCGCCACUUCCGGGCGCUCGGCUGGGGCGCGCUCACCUGGGACGCGCUCCCAGCCUCGGGCACCCAGGCGGCAGGAUGAAGGACCGGCUGGAGCAGCUGAAGGCCAAGCAGCUGACACAGGAUGAUGACACUGAUGAGGUCGAGAUCGCUAUUGACAACACAGCUUUCAUGGAUGAGGUCUUCUCAGAGAUUGAAGAAACUCGGCUCAACAUUGACAAGAUCUCAGAGCACGUGGAGGAGGCCAAGAAACUCUACAGUAUCAUUUUUUCUGCACCAAUUCCAGAGCCAAAAACCAAGGAUGACCUAGAGCAGCUCACAACUGAGAUCAAGAAAAGAGCCAACAACGUCCGGAACAAGCUGAAGAGCAUGGAGAGGCACAUUGAAGAAGAUGAGGUCUGGUCAUCUGCAGACCUUCGAAUUAGGAAAUCUCAGCACUCUGACCUCUCCCGGAAGUUUGUGGAGGUGAUGACCAAAUACAACGAAGCUCAGGUGGACUUCCGGGAACGCAGCAAAGGGAGAAUCCAGCGGCAGCUUGAAAUCACUGGCAAAAAGACAACAGAUGAGGAACUGGAGGAGAUAUUAGAGAGUGGCAACCCAGCCAUCUUACUUUCCUUUUAA